AUGGGAGGCGGUAAGAGUCAGAAGGGCGGGAAUCACGGGAGCAUAGGAAGAACGUUGGCACACGACAUACUCCUGCGCCAAUCGGAAAAGAAGGAGCAGAUGAGCAGGCUGACGAAGAAGAAGGAGUACUCAGUCUACGAAAGGUCGAACCUGGAAGAUUUCACAAUGGCAGCUACUCAGGGACUGGAGUCGUACAUAGCGAGAAGAGGGAUCUCGAGAGAGGUGAGAAAGACGGACCUGAACUCGCAGCUGUACGAGUUCAUCAACUUUCCAGACCUGAUGGACGACUCGAAGUUUCCGAUCAUCCCGAUUCCGCGAAGGAGCUUCCUGUUCACGGAUGAGCAGAAGCACCUCUUGUCACAGCUGAACAAGCAGAGGACGCUCGAGUUGAAGUCGAGAAGCAGAAGAUACUACAAGAGAAAGAACAAGAAGAAGGUGGACAUGUAUAUGCACGGAGACAUGUCGAGGCCGCACCACGGAUACUAUAACAAGUAUACGCCCAACACCGGAUACAGCAGAAGCGCAAGUGGAGGGUUAGGUGGGGAAAAUAGCAGAAGCAUCACGUCAAGUGGAAGACAGGAAAGCAGCUCCAGAAGACAGAGUGGGUCAGGAGAUAAUAUGGGUACGAGCAGAACGACCUCAAGGAGCAAUAAAAACACAGCUAGGGAAAGAAGUAAGGCACACAGAGGGUCGCCAUCAGAUGAAUACGAGGAGGAAGAGGAACAGUACUACGAAGAAUUUGAUUACAGCGACGAACAAGAUGAGUACGAAAGUACAGAUGAAGCAGAGGAUCAGGAGGGAGAGGAAAGCGAUAUGGAAGAGGGGUUGCUGCUAAAUUCAGACGAAGAAGAUUGUAAGCCUACAUCGACGACUACCCUUAACAAAAGUGAGUCAACCCAUAAUAGCUUCGAUAACCAAAAAGAACCCACGUAUGUUGGUACCCCUAAUAAAACGGAACACAAGUAUGUUGGUACGCCUAACAACAGUCCUGGAGUUGACGCAAGUGGGAAAUAUAAGUACGUUGAUGAGUACUUGACCUUUUUGAACCACGAGUACAAAAACGUAGACAUAAGUAAGCUGACGACGGAAGAUCUGGAGAAGAUGGAGCUGAAAAAUUUUUAUAAGUGGAGAAGCCUGUUGAAUAACCUGGAGGCGACUGAAAACAGUAUUCUAACACCAUAUGAGAAAAAUAUUGACUUCUGGAGGCAGCUGUGGAGAGUAGUGGAGAAGAGCAACCUGGUGUUGAUAGUCUUGGACUCAAGAGACCCGCUCUUCUUCAGAAUCAAGGACCUGGAAAGGUACAUUAAGGAGGUAGAUGAAACGAAGGAGUUUAUGUUGGUGUUGAACAAGGCGGAUUUUCUAAACGAGGGGUUGAGAGUGCAGUGGGCGAAAUAUUUUAAAAGCAAGAAAAUUGAUCAUGUUUUCUUUUCAUCACUAUAUAAUUCAACCAGUAACUCAAAUACAACCGCAUACACGGAUAGUAGUGAUACUGAUAGCAGUACAACAAAUAUUGCCAAUACUAAUGGUAAUGAGGGUACUUCUGCUUCUGAUCAUACAGGAACGCAUGAUAAUGGCACGGAAAGGGUCUGUAGCGACGAGUUGGAUUAUAGAAUAUACAACGUGGAGCUGCUGCUGAGUAAAAUUAACAAGUACAAAGAUAAGUAUUUUGAAGCAAGUAGAGGCGGGAGUGACCAGUACUUUGUUGGAUUCGUUGGAUACCCGAAUGUAGGAAAGAGCUCACUGAUCAACUGUCUGAUGGAAAAAACGAAAGUGUCAGUGGGAGUGCAGCCAGGAAAGACGAAGCACAUGCAAACACUUAAGCUCCACGAUACAGACAUAACGCUCUGCGACUGCCCAGUGACGGUGUUAAUUGGUCUCAUAUUUCCAAAUUUGGUAUCGACUAAGUAUCACCUAUUGAUCAAUAACAUUGUAUCAACAUCGCAUUUUAAAGGAAACAUGAUAUUGGCAGUGCAGCUGAUAUGUAACCUAAUACCAAUACAACUGUGUAACAAAUACGACAUUAAUAUAAACGAUUGUCUUAUCGCAACAGCAGCAAAUACCAACAGUAGUAGUAACAUUAAUACUGGUCGUGGAAACACCAUCAAUGCAAACAUUGGUGGAAACAUUGGUGGAAACAUUGGUGGCAAUAUCAAUGCGAACAGUAGCAGUAACAGUAGUGCCAACAUUGGUGGCAACAUUGGUGGCAACAUUGGUGGCAACAGUAGUGCUUGUGGUAACUUAGGGGUUGACGAAGAGUUGGCGUACCAGCUGGAAACGAGGCAGAAGGUGCUGUUUAGUUUUAAAGUACUAGAACUGCUGUGUAAAAACAGAAACUACAUAGCAGGAGGAAAAGGAGGUCAACUUGAUUACACACGAGCAUCAAAGUUGAUAAUAAAUGAUUUCACACAGGGGAAUCUACUGUACUGUAAAUGCCCACCAACAACGUUGGAUGAGUUGUACGGCUAUGGUGAAAGGUUGGACGGAGUGGAAGGAAGUGGACACGUGAACGCUGGUGGCACAAUGGAUGAAGGAUUAUCACAAAAGGACGUUGCAUUGGAUGAAAGAAUAAAUAGGCUGUACAUAAGUGGAGGGGAUAUAGAAAGUACGAUGCAGAUGAACACAAUAGAGUCGACACGUGCAAGUGAUAGGCUUAGUCCAGUCAAUUUCAGCAGUACCGCCAGUGAAUUUAGCAGAGUUGGCGUCAUGGGCGGGGGAAGCGGAGCGAGAUACAUGGGAAAGACGAUAACGGAGAGUAGAAGAGACGAGGAAAACGUAAACCAGUGGCUGAAGCAGCAGCUUAACCAGGAAACGAGCGUGAAGGUGACGAAGAGAAAGAUGAGGUUCCUACUCAAGGGGAAGAGGAAGCCGAAGUGA